AUGAGUGACUCGCUUGCCAAGCCGCGAGAGGCCCCCUUUCCAUCCGUCCUACACUCCUUCCUGCUCCACGCCGCCUCCUUUCCACAAGUCGGCCAGCCGAGUUUGCACAUGUCGCACGCGACGCUUCUCUCCGCCUAUUGAUUCCAAACCACCGAUUUACUGGUCGGUACCGGUCGAGUACCUCUUCGAAUUCUAGCUGUACGAUGCUCAGACCGUCUGGCAACGGUCCGACGUAGUAGUGAAAGAAAAGCUCGGCUCUGACGCGCCUUAGGCCAGCGUCCGCCGCCCUCAGCCAUGCUUGGCAUUGACCAGAUCGCGAGGUAGCGUCAUCAAAAUGUUUAACUUCUCACGUCAUUUCGUGCAUUUAUGCUAAAGAUUUGACAACAGUGAAGCAAAGUCAUGUUCUGAGUUCGAUUUCUUGCUUCAAACCGUUUUUUGUUAUUUUUUUCUUAUAAUCAAGUAAAUUUCACUCUUGUAAGUGUUGUUUCUGGUUACCGUCGGAAGUUCAGAUCGCUUUGUUGGAAAUCUGUUAGUUUCUAGAUUUAUAUAAAAAGGUUUUUUUCAAUCUUAAAACUAAAAAUUGUGUGUCUACAAAAAAGACAACAUGACAUCUACACGCCAACUUCCGUCUAUGUCAGAAAAUGAGACUACAUUGAAAAAAAAGGUGUCAGAACGGCUUUGAAAUCGCUUCUCCAGCCAAACUAAAAUUGGAAAAUCACGCCAGAACGUGGGAAUUUCUCAGCAGGCGCGGCCGACGCUAAAUUGGUCCAGUAAUGAAGCAAUUGUCUGUUGUCAGUCUGGGUUUUUUCCUUGUUUUUUGCCAGGGGAACAGAAAUAAAUGAUCGAAAAUUAUAUUCAGGCUUGCCGCCGAAGAAGCACGACGAGAGCAGAAAUCAGAUGCCGGCGCGUUCGUCCGGAAAACCACCCUCGCUUCAAAUGCGCCGGUCAAGGAGAAGGUCUGUUCUUAUUUUUGCGAAUUUUUCGAAUUUUUUUCUUUUCUCUCCGCAGUUAUCUGUAUUGAUUCUCUGUUUUUGAAAAAGUUUAUGCAUACUUGUGAAAAAGCCCUCGGGUCAAAAAUUUGUUUUUUUGCAUAAUAGUAAAAAAAUGGGAUAUCACGUUUUUUUAUGUACAAAAAAAGUUAACGGAAAGUAUUUCCUCGCGCGAGAUUUUGGCAUUUCUUCCUGAUUCUGCUGGAUUAAUCACUUUUUGAUUGCUCUUUUUUCCAUCUGUAGUUCUUAAAAAUUUUUUACGAAAUGUUGCUGAAAUUUUUUGGCGAUGUGUCAACUCGGUGCAUUUUCUUUUCGUUUCUCGCUUGCAUCUUUUUUUCCCAUUUUAAUUCGAGGCAUUCACCCGCGCCUCCUCUUGUUAGCUGUCUAAUUUGCCGAGCCAAAAGCGCUGUGAGCACGGCUCAGCGUGCGGUCGAGGCUGAGCCGCUGAAUUCAAGAGUUCCUUCACUAAAAGAAUCACUGAGAUUUCAAUAUCGAUGGUAUUUCUGUUCAAAACUUUUGAAUAAACUUUUCACUGUGACAACAAAAAAAAAUUUAGUUUUGAAGUAGACAAUUAGAAAUCAAAAUGGACUGUUGUUCUGUGUGAAAAUUGUAAUUUAAGAUUCUUUUCUAGCAGACUUUCUCGCAAAUUCUUCUUAACAUGAAGGUUCAUAAUUAUUUGAAUAUUUCUUGAAUUCAAAUGAUAGGAGAGUCACUUUUAUCGAAAGUUGCGAUUUGGAGGGUCAACUGGAUAUUUAAUAAAAAAACUUUAAAAGGUGCAAAAAAAUUAUAUUUUUUUCAAAGUUUUCUGCCGGAAGUUUGCUUUUUGAGGUUAACUUAUUUUUUUCAAAGUUUGAAAAAGAUAUUUCGAAGAUAUAUAGUUGGUUCCUAUGCCAUUUGAAGCUUGAAAACUGGAGAUAUUUUGCUUGUCAAUUUUUAACGACUUUACGUGAAUCUGCCACCUACGAGACACAUUUUUUGAAGUCGUGUAUAAAUAAAAAAUGAACUCGCCCGGCGGGAACGAAGGCGUCGCUAACCGCAUUGUUGUCAAGGAAAAUCUCAACAUGACGGCUUUAAAGGAAGAGAACCUUCUGACCGCUUUUUCUAUGCUUCUGGAAAUUUCGAAGUGCACGAACCACAAUAGAGCUGUCGUGAAAACGUCGUUUUGCAUAUCUUACGAGAUUUCAAAACGUUCACCUCUAAGGCUUUCGAGGUCAAGAGAAAAAAGAAUUGAAAAUUUCGAUUUUUUUUCGCUUUACAUUAAAGAGGUUGCGGAAUUAAAGAAAACAUUAGUAAAGAUCUUUUUGAAGGGACGCUUAUUUUUCUGGUUUUAAAAGUCAGAAGAAAAACUCUUCAAACGUAUAGCAUUACAAGAGCUGAUAAACUUAAUUCAGCAAGCAAAUUGAAAAACUUCUAUUACCACAAGGUUCAUUACUUCAUAAUUUCGAUACAAAAAUUUUGUCAAAAAAACUUGAGAGAAAUUUCAAUUUCCUUUAUUAAAAAUAGCUUUCCAAUUAAAGGAACGAGAAUGUUUCUCGUAUUAUUCAAGGCCAUUGUGCUGUGUGGCGUGAAGAAUUUUUGAUAACGUCAAUGCACGGGACUGCUCUCGAAAAAAGGCUCAUGCAUUUAGAAACGCAUGGGCAGCCGUGUCCAUUUGCUCAAAUUGUCAACUGUCAUGCUGGCCCAAAAAUGCAUUUUGUCUUUUCAUUGGGUGGGUCUCGGCAGGAAAAUGGAGUUGGCUUUGCCCCGAGGGCAUUAUUUCAAUCCGCUCUCGGCGUAAUCGAGGUGGCCGUGAAAGAUACGUAUCCAAAGCUUAUAAGAGACCUUUCACUAAAAUUGCACUCAGUUUGCUAGAAGUAAAAUCGGUCGGGGUAUAAAGAAAGGAGUUUUAUAGAAAGUGGUUCAAGCACUUCGAUCUUUGAAUGUUAAGUUGGGAUAUUGCUGAAACGUGAUUGAAAUAUAAAUUUAAACUUUUCAAAUAUUUUUCAUAGUAAGAAAGGAGAUUUUAAAAUUCGAUUUGCAUUUAUAAUUUGUUCACCGCUAAUUUGAAACAAUGUUAUCGAAAUUUCUUGUGGCAAAAUAGGUGCAAAAAGCAGAGGUUUCAACCUUUUUUAUGGUUAUUUUCUUCAAGCUAAAGUUGACUGUAGUACAGAAUGCGAUUGAAAAUCUGUUUUCCUUGUUUCAAGUUCUAAAAUCCGAAACAUACGAUUUCUCAUGGAGUUCAAAAAUUGAUUCUGAAGCGGUUGCAAAUUUGAGUAUUUUUUGAGUAAUGAUUUUAACGUGACUUUUCGGACAAUUAUUCCAAUUGGAUCCAGUAAUUUUCCGUCGCGAACACUGGAGCACCGACUAAUAACAAGUGCAUUUUAGCGUCUCUGCCUCGGUUCCAUUCCGGGCUCUCUGCAUCCUUUUUCGGACGAAAAGCCUGCUGUCCAUUGUCAAGGCAAAAACGGACGAGGGCUGUUUUCUGGAGAAGAUCGAGUUCCGAGUCGGCUCACUCGACUCUUUCUUUUUUGCGCUCCUUCGAGGCUUAGUAAUACGCAUGCGGCGCCAAAUAUCAUGCUCAGGAGUCCGGCCGCGGAUCAUCCCUCGGGAGCCCACACGACAAUGCGUUUAUCAAAAAUGCCCCCAACCAAACGCCACGCACACUUGCAAACUCGAGAAAAAGUAUGAAACGGAGUCUUUUUUGAGAAAGACAUAGGCCGAUGGUCAUAGAGAAACAGCACAAAAACGGGAAAAAUCAAAUGAAAACUUGAACGUAUUAUAAAAACGAACUUGCUUCUAAAAAUAAAAACAUACGAAAGCCCAAAAAAAACUCGGCGCAGUUCAGAUCGACUCUCAGAAGAAAAAAAAAUAAAAAAACUGAAAACUCUUAUCUGUGUUUUUGUUUGGCUUGUAAGGAUUUCCGAAUACUUCGAAAUUUCUUAUACCGAAAAUUAAAAAAAUUAGAAGGUUGAGAUUCUCAUUCAAACGUCAUUAAAAACAGCAAAGUUCGUUUUGGUCAAUUUACAUAAUAUUGCUAACUGUGUAAACUCAUUAGAAAAUUUAUCAAUUUCAUGAUUCAAACACGUUUUCAUAAGAUUUCCACUCAUUCCGUCUAAGCCAAUUAUUUUCUCCUAAAUAAGCUAUUUUUAAAAAAAGAACUCAAACAAUCCAUGUUUUCCUGCUUCUCUGAACGUGUAUAGCUACACGCUUAUUUUGUCCGAAAGGUGUUGAUUAGAUUUCAAUACUUUCCUCUCUUUUCAGACAUCUUUUGUUCUCGAAUCACUUCUCUUUCGAAAUAAUAAAUCCAAUUUGUUUUUGCCGAGGAGCAAAUUUUUUUCUCCAAGCGUCAUGUCCUUUCGAACCCAAAAAAUACAAUGCGAGCGUUCAACAGAAUGAGAAAUGUCCAAGCUCAGAAACAAAUCCCGAGAGAAAUGCUCAUAUGAGACGCGCGGGUUUGGCUACGGCUGUUCUUUCGAGGGCGCAUAACAAAAGUUAGGUAUUGGAGAGGAUCAUGAUAUGUUUAUCACACUUUCAAGAUUUUGGAGACAUCAGUUCUUUCGGAGAUCUACUUUUUGAAUGAAGGGGACUAGAGGAACUCUAUCGAGGAAGGCAACAUGUAGAAAGCUGUUUUUAAAUAUGUUCAAAUGUGUUUAAAUGAACUUUCAUCAAAAAGAUAGUGUUCGAAUCAUUUAAAUCUCGUUGUUUUUGUUAUAGAUGUAAUCGACUAAACGAUGAGAAAGAAUUUUUGAAACUCUAACGAACAGCCACCUCUGACAAUCUAGAAGUCCGAACGUGUGGUCGACCAAGUUGAAAGCAUGGUCAAACCCAAAAAAACCCAUCUACAAUGAGCUUAGUUAAUUAAGUUUAACUUUUGCAAAUAAUUUUCAUCUAAUUAAUUUUUCUGAGAGCUUGCAAAUCUGAGAUUUUCAUAAGGCCUUGUCAGGAUAGCUUCGACCGUGACGCAAGCACGUUUUCCCAUUUACAUGCAUAUUUAUCACGUGCAUUGUUUUCCAGACAACCCACGCUCCUUCCUUUUCCUUCCUAUUAAUUUUCUCUUAUUACCUUGUUUUGAGGCUUCAUGAUUGAAAAAAGGAGACUAGGCAAGGGAAGAAUAAAAAUUUGAUUUUGACUUGUUUUUUGCAGGGACCAUCGUCGCUUUUUAUAUUCGCAGAAGACAACAUCAUACGGCGGAACGCGAAAGCCAUCAUCGAAUGGGGGCCUUUCGAGUAUUUUAUCUUACUCACCAUUAUUGGUGCGUUUUUGAUGGCUUUUUAGGAGUGGCGUAACGAGGUUGGAAUAGAGAGAAAAAGGAGAGUUAUCUGAAAACUUUUUUUUUUUUUGAUUAAAUCAUAAGAUAUUGGAUCGAUUGUGUGCACUUGAUUUGUCUCAGAUCUAUUCUCAACCAUUAUCGAUUUAAAACACCAUUUUGCUUUUUCGAUUACUUUGUCAGGAAAAAACAACAGGCAGACACAUUUCAGACUAAUACAAAAUGUGGGUAAUGAGGAAAAAUAUUGAGAGCGGAACAAAAAUUCUACUCUCGUUAAAAAAAUGAAAAGGAAUUGGGUUUUAGUUCUUCUCAAUUUUCCUCAGAUUUCGUUGAAUCUAUAAAAAGCUCUAAAUGAAAAAAAUUUAAAUUUCUUAGCGAUGAUGAAAUAUUAUCCAGAUCUUCAAAAAGCGUCUGAAACAUGAAAAGGGAUAAUAACAUCUGGUCACAGAAUAAAAUUUGUUCCGAGUAAAAAAUACGAAAAUCUUGAGUUGUAAUCAUAAAUCCAUUGACUAUCGAAUCACUUCAAAAAAUAGUUGGAUUACAGGCAAUUGCGUCGUAUUGGCCAUGGAGCAACAUUUGCCAAAAAACGACAAAAAGCCGUUGUCUGAAAUGCUGGUCUGCUGUAAAAAAAAAUUCUGUUUAUCGAGACUUUUUAGGAACGAACCGAGCCUUACUUUAUGGGUAUUUUUUGCCUAGAAUGUGUACUGAAAGUUGUCGCCUUUGGUUUUAUUUUGCAUAAGGUCUGUUUAAAUUUCUCUCUUUCCUAACUGUUCCUUCUUUUUAUAAUAAUACCAUUAGUCUUAUAGUGAGGAUCAGGUAUAGAAAAACAGCUUUUAUCAAUUUUUUCCGUUGCAGGGUUCAUAUCUUCGCUCAGGAUGGAAUAUCAUGGAUUUCAUUGUAGUUGUUUCCGGGUAAAUUAGUGUUUUACUUGAUUUUUGAAACUUUUUUUCUAAUUCAGAGUUGUCACAAUGCUGCCGUUCUCACCCACGCAACAGGGACCGACUCAGCAGGUCGAAACGGUCGAUCUCCGAACUCUUCGGGCAGUUCGUGUGCUUCGGCCGCUCAAGCUUGUUUCUGGGAUUCCCAGUUAGUUUUUUUCACUCAUUCAAUCAUUUUUUUUUCGUGGGAUCAGUUUUUUUCCGGGAUUAUUAACAAAGUUCUACUGAAAAAUUCUUGUGAGAAAUGUUACCAAGUUCUGUCAGAGUUUUGAAUACCAAUAGCGCUCAAGUUUUUUCUCUCUGAGAUCUGUCCAGAAAAAUUAUGUAUCAGAAAAGUUUUUUUAAAUUUAAAUCUUAUAAGCUUCUCAGUAGUUUUCAGAAGUUUGCCUCCGUCCUGCGAACUUUUUUUUAAUUGAGGACCUUGAUUCUGGGUCACUUUAAAAUAGUUCUUAGAUGCAACUGAAACCUUGUUUGUUAUUUAUUCUGGCUUUCUUGGUGUUUCAAGAGAUGAAAAAAGUAUUUUUCUAAAUAACUUCUCUUUCAUUUUUAAGAACUGGAAAUGGUUUUCAGUACCACUUCUUCGGUAGACAAGAUUUAUUUGAAAUUGAAAACAAAAUAUCGAAGUAGCUCACAAGUCCCUGCUGAAAAACUGAUAAUAAUAUGUUAAAUUUUAUUUUUCUUUUCAAUCGUACUUGUUUUUUCUCUUUGGAAAAAAGCAAGCUUGAAUAAAAAAGUAUGGGUCGUUGGACGAGUUUUUGUGUGUCGUGCAACUAACAAGGUGCAUCCAGCAAAUUCCAUUAGAGGGCCCCCGUCCAAGCAGAUGUGAGCUCGGCGACGUUAGAAUAUUCUUUCGUAACAAGGGUAACUCAAUCACCAGCCAGUCUAUUUGCAAAUUUUUAAACGAGCACAAAAGUUUCGGGAAAAGGAGCUGAAAAAGUAUAAUGGGUGACUCUGUUGCAGAGCAGGGUUUUUUGAAUGAUAUGAAAUGUCGAAAAAAAUCAUUUGAUUCUGUACAAGAAAAAAAUGGAUAUUAAAAAUAAGCCUAGAUACCCUAAAAGUCAUUCGGACAAAGUUUUAAAAAUAUUAGAUUUUUUACUCUUUUCGGAACAGCUUGAGAUAUGAUUAUUCUGAUUUUCUUGUCUUUUUUGAUUUUCGAAUACAUUCUUAUUUUAUUUGACUUUUUUGUUAAUACCCUUUCAGAAAUGGGGAGGGCAGAAAAGAUGGACAUUUAUUCGUCGCGGAGUUUUGAAUAUCUUAAAAAAACGGUAAAAUUAUCACUUCCCGCGGAAAAAAAUAACAAAAAAAGUAGUUGAAGAUGAGAUUUUUGUGAUGGAUAAUUGCAAUCAAGUGCUAAACAAGAAAACUUAUUCAUUACCUUUUUUUUCUUCACCUACUAUUCGCCAAUAAUUUUGGAUAACUGUCAUAGACUGCUGUGUUGCUUCCUGGAGCCGCUUCUGGUACAUAAAGAUUAUUGUGAACAUACUCCGAAAAUUUCAACUACCACGAAAAAAAAAACUUCCUUUUUGAAAAAAUGAAGAAAAAAAAACGAUAGCAAAACUAAAAAAGGUUGUAAUCAUUUUACAGGUUUGCAAGUUGUCUUGAAGUCGAUAUUAUGUGCGAUGGCGCCGCUGCUCCAGAUCGGACUUCUUGUCCUGUUCGCCAUUGUCAUCUUUGCCAUCAUCGGCCUCGAGUUUUACUCAGGCGCCUUCCAUUCGGCCUGCUACAACGACCGCGGCGAAAUUGAAAACGUCAGCGAGAAGCCCAUGCCAUGGUACGAAACUGUGACACUUUUUCUAAAUUUUUCUUUCUAAAAAAACAGCUCAUUUGAUCGUAGGAUCAUUGAGAAAAUCAAGAAAUUAUUGAAAUUCGAACUUGUUUGAGGGAGCUGGACGUUCCGGUCGUUUGAAUAUUAUCAAACUUCAAAAAUAUGAAAAAAAUCGCAAGAACAACAGAUUUUUUUUAACAUAGUUUCCUCCAAAAAAAUUUCCAUACGUCGUGGAUUUAUGAAGUCUUUCCCUUUUUCUUUUUUUCAAAUUCAUUAGUUCCAAGUAUUUUUAGAAUUAUUCAAAUUCUCUUUCAAGUUUCUGCUUUUAACGCUACUGUAGCCAAUUCUCAAUCUAACCUCAACGCUUUCAUCAAGUCUCCUAACAUUCCUGUUUCGUUUCGUAGUAUCAAAUAUCGCCGCUUUUGGCUCUCUUAUUUUUCACUUUUGGCUUUCCCUUGCAAGUUGGCCGACAAAGGAACGCGGAGUGAGCCGAAAACAAAUUCGAAAUGCAUUGCAGCACGACGAAGAAUACUUCGGUUGGCGUGUACAACUGCGACGUCGAAGGGACCAAAUGUCUGAACAUCUGGAUCGGACCCAAUUAUGGUAUUGAAUUAGGGGAAACUGAUAAAAGACGAAUGUGGUUUGAAGAACGGAGCGACCUAAUGAUUAUGGGUUAACUGGUUCUUGAAAGAGUUUUUAUAACUGUUUUGCUCAAUUCAUAGCGUUUUUUCGAAAGGAAGCGGCUGAAAGCACGGUUUCUGCGUUCGCUUUAAAUUUGACGUCGAAGGGACCAAAUGUCUAAAUUUGAACUUCAUAGUUGCAAUACAUUAAGUUGCCUAGUCUUCGAAAGUCGUUUCUGGCCGGUUUUUUUAAACAAAUUAAGCUUACGAGUCAGGAAUUUUUAUGUAGCAAGGCUCUCAUGACACUGACAGAAUGUCAAGAGAAUUGGAAUGAUUAUUACAAACUUCAGGAAUCACAUCGUUCGACAAUAUCGCUUUUGCAAUGAUCACUGUUUUCCAAUGCAUCACUAUGGAAGGAUGGACAACCGUUAUGUAUUAUGUGAGAAUAUAUUAGCUCUUUUUUCAAGUUCUUAACCUUUUCAGACCAACGAUUCGCUAGGCAGUACUUAUAAUUGGGCAUAUUUUAUUCCGUUAAUUGUUCUAGGAUCUUUUUUCAUGUUGAACUUAGUUCUCGGAGUUUUGUCUGGGUGAGUUAUCUUUCCAAGAACUUUGAGAAAUUCAGCUGCUUAAGAGAAUUUGCCAAAGAAAGAGAACGGGUGGAAAACCGACGAGAGUUUCUCAAAUUGAGAAGACAGCAGCAAAUCGAAAGAGAACUCAAUGGAUACCUUGAAUGGAUUUUGACGGCUGAGGAAGUUAUUCUCAAGGAAGAUCGAACGACUGACGAGGAAAAGGCGGCCAUCAUGGAAGGUUGAUUUGUUGAAAAGAAAGAAUAUUUCGAAUUUUCUAUUACUAAGUAGAAAAUUUCCUCGUUGAUAGAAAAAAAGAAAAAAAUCAUAUAGCAAAAAAAGAAAGGUUCUUACAUUGAAGGAAAUCACAGCUAAAAAUUCUAUUUUUUUUCACAUAAAAACCGAAUCAUAUAAAAAAAUUCAUAUGAAAAAAACUGUUUAUUGCUUCCAAAAGAUUUUUCAAAUCAAAAAAAUCUGAUUUGAUAGAAUAAAAAAAUCUGAAAAUUCAGCAAGAAGAAGAGCAGCGAACAAGAAGCUGAAGCAGGCGUCAAAACAACAGUCGACAGAAACCGAAGAAGACUUUGAAGAAGAAGACGAGGAGAUGGAAGAAGAAUUUGCUGAUGAAGGUGGCCCGGACCCCAAAGAAUUCGGUCCGCUUUCAACCAUCGGCAUGCCUUUCUGCUGGAAUGACUUUUUGCAAAUUCAUUUUUUUUUGCGUGAGAUUUUACAGGUUAAAAAUUCUGAACGAAAGUUCGAAAAGCCUUUUUGAUGUAGUCGUUUUUUAAUGUAAUGUCUUCAUUUUGCAAUUUUCGCUUUUUUUUCUUACAUUUUCGUAUUUUCAUGUUAUGAAUUAGCAUGGUGAAUCGACUCGUCGGAGACUAUAGAUGUUUGGCUCAACGAUUGAGCUUGGCCCCUUCAACUCAACCUUUUCUAUACGUGGUUUCAUUUUUUGCUUCUCUCUCUCUCUCUGGGAAACUACUCAGACUCGGACUUGAGGAUUAAAUUGAGAGUUUCUGGCAGACGAACCAAGUUAAAUCUAUCUGAAAGAGUAACUGCGGAUUUUUAUGAAACAUACGCUCGAAAAAUAAAUCAAGAGCUGAAAAAUAGCAUAAUACGGUUUUCUUCUUCAAAAUUUUCCUUAAAUGUCAUACGCCGAGGUUCGACCUCAAACUUCGAUUUCGAGUCAGAGAAAUUCCCUGGAUAGCAUGAGUUUUUUGCUGCGUGAUGGAGUUACCAUUCGAGUGGGCUUCUAAAAUUUCUGAGACUUGAAAAUAGAUAGACUACAAUUUUAUCUUUGUGUAUUUUGUUUUAACGAAGCAAACUUCUAUUACGAACUUUUUUAUUAAAGGCAUGCCUUUGGGUGGAGUGGUUUCUACUUUUUUUGAUCACCUUUUCUGUGCACUACUUCUCGGUUUCCAGUUCAGAAUGAAAUUUUCAUUUUAGUGGACCGACGGAAACGAGGAUGUUCUUAUGCAAUGAACAAAUUCAUCCGACAACUACGGUAUAAUUGCCUUCAUAUUUCAUUUCGUUUUUUUCUGUGUUUUCAGGGUUCAAAUUCGGAUAAUGGUGAAGACGCAAAUAUUCUAUUGGUCCGUCAUCACAUUGGUUUUUCUAAACACCUGUUGCGUUGCUAGUGAGCAUUACGGGCAGCCGCAGUGGUUCACCGACUUCUUGAGUCCGAUUGAUUUGUAAAACGAUUAUAAGACAAAGGUCUUUCCAGAAUACGCAGAAUUUGUCUUUUUGGGAAUCUUCAUCGCUGAAAUGCUGCUGAAGCUGUUUGCAAUGGGCUCAAGAACCUACUUUGCUUCAAAAGUCUGACGCUCUAUACGAUCUUUCAUUUUUUUUUUCUUAUUUCAGUUCAAUCGCUUCGACUGUAUUGUCAUUGUUGGUUCUGCGCUUGAAGUCGUUUGGGCUGAGUUCUACGGCGGCUCCUUCGGUAUUUCAGUCAUGCGCGCUCUUCGUUUGCUCAGAAUUUUCAAGCUCACUUCGUAAGUACCUUUUUCGCUUUUUCUUCCAUCUCCAAAAUGUUUUCAGCUACUGGGUAUCUCUCCGAAAUCUCGUCAGGUCUUUGAUGAACUCAAUGCGAAGCAUCAUUUCACUUCUGUUUCUGCUCUUCUUGUUCAUCCUUAUCUUUGCCUUGUUAGGAAUGCAACUUUUUGGUGGAAAGUGAGUUUGUUAACGAAGACUUUUCCUUAUAAUGAAAUUUCAGAUUCAACUUCCCACACAUGCAUCCAUACACGCACUUUGACACUUUUCCUGUGGCUUUGAUCACGGUGUUCCAGGUGAAUUUUUCGAGAAAUUUUUUAGCGGGAUUCUUGGCUUAAGAUCCUCACCGGUGAAGAUUGGAACGAAGUGAUGUAUCUGGCUAUCGAAGCGCAAGGCGGAGUUUACGGCGGCGGCAUGGUUUACUGUAUUUAUUUCAUCGUUCUCGUACUUUUCGGCAACUGUGAGUCUUUGCUUACUUUCUAAUCAAAUCUUAACGUUUAGACACCUUGCUUAAUGUGUUCUUGGCUAUCGCCGUCGACAAUUUGGCCAACGCGCAAGAACUGACAGCUGCUGAAGAAGCUGACGAAAAAGCAAAUGAAAUCGAAGAAGACUCGGAGGACAUUGACGAACAAGAAGGAGACCACCUUGCUAUUGAUAUGGAGGGAAAAACAGCGGGAGACCUGUGCGCGGUCGCUAGAGCGAUGGACGGUUUGCUCAAGAUGACUUCAGUUAAAUAUUGUAAUGUCCUAGAAGAAGAAUGCGAAGAAGAAGAGUCGCCCUUUGGAGGCCCGAAGCCAAUGGUUCCCUACUCCUCGAUGUUUUUCCUCUCUCCGACAAAUCCUCUUCGAGUUAUCGUCCACAGCGUUGUUUGCACCAAAUACUUCGAAAUGGUGGUCAUGGCCGUCAUUUGCUUGUCUUCCAUCUCUCUGGCCGCGGAAGACCCCGUCGACGAAGAAAAUCCCAGAAACAAGGUCCUUCAGUACAUGGACUACUGUUUCACGGGUGUUUUUGCGUGUGAAAUGCUGCUCAAGGUAAACCGAAAACUGCUCUGAUCAAAUAAGAAACGAUUUCAGUUGAUCGACCAAGGAAUCAUUCUUCAUCCAGGAUCUUACUGUCGAGAUUUUUGGAAUAUUCUUGACGGGAUCGUUGUAACUUGUGCUCUUUUUGCUUUCGGAUUUGCGUGAGUCUUGAGCAAAACUCAACCAAUUCAAGUUUAAAUUUUCUUUUAUUUUAGAAGCGUCGAAGCGUAAGUUUUCAAUAAUUCUAUCUUGUACCAUACCCAUGGCAAGGUGUAGUUUCUGGAAAAAGUCGAGAUAAUCUUUAGAAGAAAUUUUCCAAUUUGAGUUGUUUUAAUCCCAUAUCCUUACACUCACAACCUAACAAUACUUUUGACGUCAAAAUGAAGGUUGCUGAAAGUCAUCAGAAACCUACAAAACCCACUAACCCUGGCACUAACAUUCAUAUAAUUAUUUCAUCUACAAAUCAUUCAAACUCAAUUUGAAGGUUUUCGUGAUAAUUCUCAGUUUAUUGAUCCGAUUCCUUACCUAAAACUUGAACUUCAUCACAUCUUCCACCAAAUUCCCUGGGACCAAUGGGCACAAACCUUCUUAUUUUUCUUCCUUCAGUUCAUUUCAAUAAAGUUCAAUGUUUUCAGGGGUACUGAAGGAAGUGCAGGCAAAAACCUGAACACCAUCAAGUCUUUGAGAGUGCUGCGAGUUUUGCGACCACUGAAAACAAUCAAACGUAUUCCAAAAUUGAAGGUCUGAAUUUCUGAAAAUUUUCAACAUUUUUCUUGAGUUUUCAGGCUGUUUUCGAUUGCGUAGUUAAUUCUUUGAAAAACGUGUUCAACAUUCUGAUCGUCUACUUUUUAUUCCAAUUCAUCUUUGCUGUAAUUGCUGUCCAGGUAAAUAACUCGCCUCACCUUUUUUAAACUGCGUUUAAGUUCUUCAUCCGUUUUAAGCUAGAUUUUUUCAGCUUUUUAAUGGGAAGUUCUUCUACUGCACUGACAAAACACGAAGAUUAGCUAAGGAAUGUCAUGGUCAAUUUUUCGUUUACGAUAAUCAGGUAACUCUCUGUUUUAUUGCACAAGUUGAUAUACGAAUUUCAGAACGAUCCACCACGAAUUGAGCAGAGAGAAUGGCGGCUGCGACCUUUCAACUACGAUAACACCAUCAAUGCAAUGCUGACUUUAUUCGUUGUGACGACUGGAGAAGGCUGGCCUGGAAUCCGGCAGAACAGCAUGGACACGACUUUUGAAGACCAAGGGCCGUCUCCUUUUUUUCAGAGUCGAGGUACUUUUUGAAAAAAUAUUUUCUAACAAAGAAGGUCAAUGGACUCUGCAAAAUAACCUGAAAAUAGGCCAAAAUGAAUUUUAAUAAGUAAAAUGAAGACUUUGAGAAUAUCAGUACCUAAAGUUUUUCUUUUUUCGAGAACAAUCGCUUUAUGUUUCGAAAAAUAUUAACAAUAAAAGAGCAAUUGGAAUUUUUUGAUUCACGAUGACCAAUUUCUCCUUUCCUCAGAAAAUUCUAUCCAAACUUUAGUUGUAAACUAUUCAAAUUUCUAGGUUGCUCUUUUCUACGUGAUGUUCUUUAUCGUUUUCCCCUUCUUCUUCGUUAACAUCUUCGUCGCUUUGAUUAUCAUCACAUUCCAAGAACAAGGAGAAGCUGAACUCAGUGAAGGAGAUUUGGACAAAAACCAGGUUUGACGAUUUAUUUUCAUACAUCUUCCCAUGAGUGGCUUUCCAGAAACAAUGCAUCGAUUUUGCUCUGAAUGCCAGACCAAGGUCUCUUUUCAUGCCAGAAGACAAAAACUCAGUCAAAUAUCGUAUAUGGCGACUUGUUACAUCGACGCCCUUUGAGUACUUCAUCAUGGCUAUGAUUUGCUGCAAUACCAUCAUUCUCAUGAUGAAGUUCCACGAAAAUUCAGAGUUUUACGAGCAAGUCUUGAGGUUUCUAAUUCUUGAGCUCCCAAAAAACUACGUAUUGAGUUUUUCAGAUUGUUCAAUACGGCGUUAACAGCCGUCUUCACGGUUGAGAGUAUUCUGAAAAUUCUCGCCUUUGGCGUCCGGGUGAGCAUCGUUUAUAGAAUCACAGAGAAACGGAAUCAAUUCAGAACUAUUUUCGAGAUGGCUGGAAUCGUUUUGAUUUUGUAACGGUUGUUGGUUCGAUCACUGACGCUCUGGUCACAGAAUUCGGAGGUUGUCAUUCUAUAAAGAUUUUUUGUUAGUCGAGGCGUUUAAGGCCAUUUCGUAUCACUCGGAUUUUUACGGCUGUUCCGUGCUGCUAGGCUCAUUCGACUUUUGCAACAGGGCUACACCAUCCGAAUCCUUCUGUGGACUUUUGUUCAAAGCUUCAAGGCAAAAACAAUAUUGAAAUGUUGAACUGAAAUCCGUUUUCAGGCCUUGCCGUACGUCUGUCUUCUCAUUGGAAUGCUUUUCUUCAUCUAUGCUAUCGUUGGGAUGCAAGUCUUCGGGAACAUUUGGCUGAACGCCGCGACAGAAAUAAAUCGACACAAUAACUUCCAAUCUUUUUUCAACGCCGUCAUCUUGCUCUUCAGGUAAAAAACGAAUAGCUCAAAAAUUUUCAAGACUGUUUUUCAGAUGUGCAACGGGAGAAGGAUGGCAGGACAUCAUGAUGGCCGCAGUUCAAGGCAAAGACUGUGCCAGGGCGAAUUCCGACAAGAUAAACUUGGAGAAAGUUUUCAUUUUAUACAUUAUUUGAAAACAAAGGCGUUUAUUAAAGGGUCAGUCGUGUGGAAGCAACGUCAGCUACGCUUAUUUCACAAGCUUUGUUUUCUUGUCUUCAUUUCUGGUAACCAUGCGAGGAAUUCACUCAAAGCAUAGUUCUAUCAGAUGUUGAACUUGUUUGUUGCCGUUAUCAUGGACAAUUUCGACUACCUGACUCGAGACUCAUCCAUUCUUGGGCCUCAUCAUCUCGACGAGUUCAUUCGUGUCUGGGCCGACUACGAUCCUGCAGCAACGUAAUUUUUUUUAAAAGGAAAACUUCGGCGAAAACUAAAUGUUCAGCGGGAGAAUCCAUUACACGGACAUGUAUGACAUGCUGAGAAACAUCACUCCUCCUGUCGGUUUUGGUCGCAAAUGUCCUUACCGAUUGGCCUACAAGCAUUUGAUACGAAUGAACAUGCCGGUUUCGGAGGAUGGUUCAGUCCAUUUCACGACGACACUGUUUGCUUUGAUUCGCGAGAGUUUGAGCAUCAAAAUGAGGCCGGGUAUAUUUCGACAUCUCGAAAGAUUAAACAGGAUUUUGCUACAGUGGAAGAAAUGGAUGAAGCUGACGAAGAGCUCCGUCAAACUUUGAAAAAGAUUUGGCCGUUGAAGGCGAAGAAGAACAUGAUUGACCUUGUUGUUCCACCCAACCACGGUCAGAUCAAUAUUUGCAGUUUUUCAGAACUCAGUUUUUCAGAGUUGUGCUUUCAAAAACUGACUGUCGGAAAGAUCUACGCAGGCCUACUGAUUCUCGAGAACUACAGAGCUAAAAAGAGUGGAACCGAGGUGAAUGAAAGAAAAUCUCGUAUUCUUUAAUUUUCAAUUCGAAUCCUUCGUAGAAGGGAGGUUAGAAGAAGCUUUGUUCAACGAGUAAGAAAACUAAGAGUUCUGGUAGGAGUUUUUCCGAAAUCAAAUGAAAAAUAAUUAGCUGGAAGAAGUGAAGCGGAAGCGCACCGCCGAUCUGCUGUGGCGGCGUCGAAACGCGUUGACUCAGUGGUUCACAAAAGAACAUUCUGAAAACGAGCAGGUCUCCUAACAGUCCCUCGUCUAACCUUCGAUUGCAGUUUUUGAUUUUUUUUAAUGUGACCUUCUUACUAUAAUUUUCUAUUUAAUGUUAAAGACUUUUUUGGCUUGUUCAACGCUUGAAAAGCCAACUGGAAUUUAUCCCCUGAAAAGACAUCAAAACCAGCUUCAUAACUGCUGUGUUGUACUUCGAAGAAAUCCGGCAACAGCCCAAAGAAAUUUUUUCGCCUUCGCUUUCCACUUGAGUUAUACCACAACAAAAGCUAAACAUCCUACCUGUUUCCUUCACAAUCAUAGAGUGUGAACAUGAAGGCGCUGUAAGUUCUGAGAAUGAUUGAAAGGCUUAUGACAACUUUACUAGUUUUAAAUCAAGUUUCUUCAAAGUACAACUCAACUAGUUCCCGACAAGUUCCAAUUUUUUUUAUCGAAUUAGUUGAACAAAGCCAGACUAGUCACUAAACGCCUGGAAACCGUGCAUGAAAAUCAACAAACUUGAUCAUACUGACCGAAAAACCUUUUCUUCUAUUUUACUUUCCGCUAGAUCGAAGUGUGGGUCGCGCUCAGUCGAGACUCUUGAUAAUCAACUUUCCAAACAACUCGUUUAAGAUCGGAGGCGGAGGAUUGUUUGGAGGAGGUCUCAGGUCUCUCGUAGCAGCGGCUAAAGCUGCUGGAGGGGCUCAGCAACAAGCCGCAGCGACUCCGCAACCGGUUGCGGAAGAAACGACUCCUAUGGUUCCUCACACACAGCAGAACUCGGUACCUGCCAAUGGACAGGUCAGAUUUUAAUGUUUGCUCUGAAAAAUCUGUAAUUGGUAAGAUUUAAAAACAACCGAGUUUCUGUAGAGUAAAAACCAAAAAAAUUUCAAUAAUAAUUUUGAAAGUACAGCAACGGCCAUACUCCUUGUUCAACACCCUCGUGGACACGAUCAAGGCAGGAAAGUCUGAUGGAGAAGCUUCGCCAGGACAGUAUCAAAGCGUCGAUCAAGGGCAAAUGUUUGUCUUUUUAGGUGAAUAAAGUAAGCUUUGAAAUUCAGAGAGAAACUGCCAGCAACAACAGGCAGACGACUGUCUGACAUGUUCUCCAAGAUCCGGAGAGGAGGUCAAGACCAACACCCUCAACAGGUACAAUCUUUCAGCAAAUCGAAGCUCAAUUAUCGGAUAAUAAGUGUUUUUGUACCACCCAACACUGUCGCUUUGUAUUUCUUUCCAUGAUCUGAGCUUUUCAUUUUUAUUUCACCAAAGUUGAACUUUUUCUAGUUACUUAAUAGAUUAGAACUUUUGCAUGAUUCAAUGAAUGAACAAUGUUCAGAGCUCUCUUAGGUCGUGUAAUAACUUUAGAAGCUUUGAGAAAGUGUCGUUUUUAGAUAGUGCUGACUAUUAAAUAAAAAUUAUUUUUUUCUUAAGAUGAGCAAUAUCAGAAAUUUCUUUGAGGUUCAACUUAUUGUUUAUCACUCAUUUAAUUUUCAGUGUACCUUACGUGACCUUUUGCAGUUAUUUAACUGUUCAAUCUUUGUGUGCCUCUAUCGCACUGUCGGUCAAUCGUGUCAAAUUUUUCAAACACAAAGCUUAGAAAAAUGAUCACGAGCUUCUCUUUCUAGAACUAUUCCCACCGCUUCGGAUACAGCCGCAAUCGAGGCGGUCAUUACGACGAGGUUAGUAGGGUGUGAUUUUCCAAGCACCCGCUGACGUUAUUUUUUUUGAUGGAUUGCAAAAAUUGAUAUCGUGUGGUUUUUUGAAAAAAAUUUUGAUGACAAUCACAAAAUUCAAAUUUUCAAAAAACUAGUCGAGUGAUUUUGGAAUGAGCAAAUGAGGAUUGUUUGAGAUAAGAUAAAUGCUUGUGCAUGCGAAUUUUCUAGCUUUCACUCAGUUCAUAUUUUUUCCGUUUCCCUUUUAAUUUGGUUUGUUUUAUUUUUGCAUGUUUUACAUCGCGUUUUGAACGUUUUUUUGAUCAAUGUAACCCAGGUUGACAAUUUUUCUCAAAAGUGAGGUCGUUAUAGUGUGAAGUUUUGGAUUUUACAGGGUGUCGCUCGAGAAUUUUUGAAUUUUGUGUGGGAAAUGGUUUGAACUUUAUACUACAGUUUGAGUUCUUCUGAAUCAUUCUUCGAAGUUUGAAAACAAACAUGCACUUUUGGAAAUCAACUUUCAACUGAUUGAAAACAAAACAGAUAGUUUGUUUUGAAAAAUCUUCUAAAAAUGAUUAUAUAAUCUCCUGGGAAUUCCAUCCUAAAAUGACCUCUCUUUUGAGAAAAAGCAAAAGCGCAUGAAAAGAUUACUCACUAACAUCUCGAGACCGAAGAUAAAAACAAUAAUUUUGAAUUAUUAUUGUCAUUUCGAAAAAGCGCACCCCGUCUGAUGAUUUUCGUGAUCGUCGCCCUAGGUUGAAUGGGAUGAUUGUAUGGAACUGAGUCUAGUCGUCGGAGGUUCAGACGCGUAGGUCCGAGAUUUUCAGACGGAACAACUUCUGCCGUCGGAGCACAGGUCUCCUUCUCCCCGAUACAGAAGCAUGGGCCGCGCGAGUCCACCAAGUCCUGCCGAGCGCUACUCUCACUCUCAUCACAGGUUCCGCAGCGGUGAGUUUAUUGAAACUUCAGAACUUCCAUGCGAUUGCGGUUCCUGGAGGACAGUCAUUUUCUUAGAAUGAUAGUAUGAUUGAAAGAUGAUUCCGUGGCAUCAAAAAGUUGUUCAUCUUGAUUUUAUAGGGUUAAGCGGUGUUUGAAAUUUUUUUUUGCUCCUUUUUUCGGUUUUGGUUACCCCGGAAAAGUGAAACAUCUGUGAAACGCUUGAUUUAAAACUUCCUAAAGGAAAUUUUACAAACGAAUGGAUGGAUGUAUAGAAUAAAACGAAAUUUAGAAAAUGCAUUUCAAAUUUUUUAAAACUAUUCGAUGCUGUGGAUUCCCCUCACUAUAACAGAUAGAAGGAAGUUUCUUCAUUUCUUCCAAUUUUCAAGAUUUUGAAUGUCGAAAAAAAUGUUUGCAGCCAUGUUAAAAAUUCAUACGUUAGAUGAAACAAAUUAUAUUAUCUUCAAGAAAAAUUGAUUUAACUAUCAAUAAAAACAACAGGCGCAAUGACCAUCAAAAACGCAAUGACCAUCAAACCAAAUUGGGAAGAAUAACUUCUUUAGACUCGCCGCCGUCUUCAAGGUCCGAGUACCCAAUGUCUCUAAGAGACCCUGUGGUCCGCCGAAAUCGCCACGACGUUUAUGAUCAUUCGCGCCCCUACGAUCCUUAUCAGCCGAGAUCCUAUCGUCAUGGAAACAACUACUCGCGGAGUCCGAACUAUUCAGAUGACUCCAGCAUCGCUGAAAGCUACCGUCGGCCUUAUAGAUAUCAAGGUCUGUUGGAAACCUCGGAAGAUUCAUCUAAACAUGAAUACGGUUUCAGAUUUGACUCCACAGGAUGCUAGUGAAGAGGAGGAUCCGAUGCCCACGGCUGUUCGAGCCAGAAGAUUGCCAUUGAUCGCGACAAUGCCUACUCAUUACGAGACUCCAUACACGUCGCCUUAUGCCCCGCAGAUCAUUUCAUCGGAUCCUUACGGUUUCUCAAUCGUCAAAGUUUUUUUUAAGAGAAAAAAUGCAGGAAGCUACCAGCAGUCCGGAAGUUACCAACAUCACCAGCCUCACCAUCAUCAUCAUCAACCCCACCAAUCCCACCAAUCCCACCACUCACUCCACUCUCACGUCGUCCCGAGUCAAGCUCAUUUCUCGACUUCGCCUAUGGUUUCACCAAGAUCCAACCACAGCUACUAUACGCCACGAAGUUCUGCAUACUACGACAUCCCUUCUCCAAGCCCAGAUGUGAGAUAAUUUCAAUCAUUUUGAGACAAAAAAUCUAGUGAUCUUUGUUUGGAAGAUUUUUUCGUAAAAACACAAGUGGGUGUAUUAGAAUGAUUUAAUGAAAUUUCGUUCAAUUAAUCAGGCGCUGACUGUUUUAAUUGAAAUAUUUUUUUUUCAAAAAACGUUUCAGAAAAUGAAUAAUCAAGGAUAAUGAAUAUUUGAUGAUAAUUAGAGUUCGCAGGUCUACUCACAGUACCGAACGCCGGCGUCUCCAAGAAGAUAUCCGGCAAGUACGGUGGUCGUGGCUCCAGAAGGCUCCAACGCACGGGUGAUCCAGGCUCAGCCAGGCUCCAUUCCACUAUCCGAUUCAGAACCGGAGGAUGACCCUCGCUGGGCCAUCGUCUGA